AUGGUGCUGUCUGUCCAGCGCAUGUUGGCCCUAACGCUGUGCGUGUCGACGCUCGCGGCCUCAGAGGUCGCGCAGUCCUCUGCGCUGCGCACGCGUCGCCACCUCUUGGGCAUUCACCACACGACCAAGUACGCCCCAGAGGCGUCGCAGCCGACCGAAGGACAGGAGGACCAGACCAAGGCCAAGGAGGAGGAAGAAGAGGCAGCGACCAAGGCCAAGGAGGCGGAAGAGGAGGCAGCGACCAAGGCCAAGGAGACGGAGCAGGAGCAGCAGGAGAAGACCAAGGAGAAGGAGCAGAACGACAGCGCGGACGAGUCGCACGAUUCGACCGACUCGCACGACUCGCACGACUCGAUUGGGUCGGACUCGGUGGACAUGGAGCUCAAGGAGAACGAGGAGCUGGAGCUCAAUAGCAGCGAAGACAUUAAUCUGGAGCUGGAGAACGGACCGGUGGACAUGAACGUGGACCUCGAGUCCAAUGAAGAAAUGGACUACGACGGCGAGGGCGACCAGGAGAUUGACCUCACGUCGGCGGAGAGCCUGGACUUUUCGGCGUCGGCCAAGCUCGAAGGCGAGGAGCAGAUGGACACGGAGAUUGAGCUGGAAGACGGCGCAGUGAGCUUGGAGCUCGAGGACGACGAGGACUACAACCAGGACCUCGACAUCAACGACGACGAGGAACUGGACCAGGUCAUUGACGUGCCGGAAGGCGCCAAGUCCAUUCGUCUCCGUGUGCGCAAGGGCCACGUGGACCUGGACAUCACCAAGGCUGCUACGGCAGACGUCAAGGAGCCAAAGACCGAGACGAAGAAGGAGGAGAAGGCUGCUACUCCGGAGAAGAAGCAAGAGCAGGCCGCUACUCCGGAAAAGAAGCAGGAGCAGGCCGCUGCUCCGGAGAAGAAGCAGGACAAGACGGAGGUUGUUGCCGCUGCAUCGACCGAGAAGGCGGUGUCGUACGCCGCGGAGGCCAAAGACUGGUUCCAGGAGAACGGCAGCAAGCCCAUCUUCCUCGGUGGUAUGAUUGGCGCUGCAGUAGGGCUGGUAGGUGUGGCUGGAGUGGCCAUCGCCAAGGGCCGGAAGCGCGCCCCGGAGAAGUCGGUCUUGGCCGAGGACGCUAUCGCUGAUGCUGAAGCCGAGGCCGACGAAGACGAUGCAUCCGAGUCGGACAGUGACGAAGAUAGCGACAAAGACGUCGAGGCUGGCGUCACGGCGCUUGCGAAGGAGGACGUCGCUGAUGUGGAGGAGAAAAAGACGAGCGUCGUGGAAGGUUCAGUGUAA